GAGAUUUUUCGCUACUUUUCUUUUUUUCUUAUCUUUAUCUAAUACAACUACAUUAUGUGGAGACAACUUUCCAAGACACAAAGAGUGAUUUCAAUUGCUGCGGCCACAACUGCUACUGCCAGCUUUGGAUAUUACAUGAAUGAAAAGGCCAAACUUGACAAUGUCUAUAAGAGAACAAUAAAACUUCAAGAACAAACCAAAGAUCUACCACCUUUGUUUACUCGAAACAAGGCAUUCGCUGAAGCACUUCAGGAACAUCAACAAAAUCAAGACCGUGAUUUCUGGUGUCCACCUUCACGUGAAGAAAUGAUUGCUAAAUUAAAAAACAGUGAACAAGACCCUUAUGAUUUACUUGUUGUUGGUGGUGGUGCUACAGGUGCUGGUGUAUCUGUGGAUGCUGCUACUCGUGGAUUAAAGGUAGCUUUGGUAGAAAGAGAUGAUUUUGCUUCUGGUACUUCAUCGAGAUCGACAAAAUUAGUUCAUGGUGGUGUUCGUUAUUUACAAAAGGCAAUUAUGGAACUUGAUUAUGAACAAUACAAAUUAGUGGUAGAAGCAUUGCAUGAGAGAAAGAUCUUCUUGGACAUUGCUCCUCAUCUUUCAGAUCAAUUGCCCAUCAUGCUUCCUGUUUACAAAUGGUGGCAAAUUCCUUAUUAUUGGGUUGGUUGUAAGAUGUAUGAUUUGUUUGCUGGUCGUGAAGCACUUGAAAGCAGUUACUUCUUGACUCGCUCCAAAGCUCUUGAAGCUUUCCCUAUGUUGAAGAAUGAUGAAUUAGUAGGUGCCUUAGUGUAUUAUGAUGGUCAGCAUAAUGAUGCAAGAAUGAACGUUGCAUUGGCCAUGACAGCUGCUUGUUAUGGUGCUACUGUUGCUAAUCACUGUGAAGUGACUCAAUUAACAAAGGAUGAACAAGGCAUUAUUAACGGUGCACACGUUAAAGAUACCUUGACUGGUGAAGAAUGGACUGUUAAGGCAAAGGGUGUCAUUAAUGCAACUGGUCCCUUCACCGAUGGUCUCCGAAAGAUGGACGAUGCUCAAACUAUGGAAAUUGUUGCACCUUCUGCUGGUGUUCAUAUCAUUCUUCCCAACUACUACAGUCCUAGAAACAUGGGCUUAUUGGAUCCUGCUACAAGUGAUGGCCGUGUCAUCUUCUUCCUUCCAUGGCAAGGUAACACUAUUGCUGGUACUACAGAUUCUCCUACUGAAGUUACUCAAAACCCCUUACCCAAGGAAGAUGAAAUUAACUGGAUUUUGGAUGAAGUCUCUCGUUACUUGAGUCCUGACGUCAAGGUGCGUCGUAGUGAUGUCCUUGCUGCAUGGUCUGGUAUCCGUCCUUUAGUCCGUGACCCUCACGCAAAGAACACUGAAUCUCUUGUCCGUAACCAUAUGAUCAAUGUCAGUGACAACAAGCUCAUCACUAUUGCUGGUGGUAAAUGGACCACUUACCGUGCCAUGGCUGAAGAAACUGUGGACCGUGCUAUCGAAGUCUUCAAGCUUGAACCCAAGUCCAAAUGUAACACUGAACAUACCCCAUUGAUCGGUAGUGAAGGCUAUAGCAACACCAUGUUCAUUCGUCUCGUCCAAGAAUUCGGCAUGGAUACAGAAGUCGCUCAACAUCUUGCCCGUAGUUAUGGUAACCGUGCCUGGGCUGUCGGUGCUAUUGAUGACCCUACUAACAUGAGCUGGCCCAAGUUUGGUAAGCGUAUCUCACCCAACUAUCCUUACAUUGAAGCCGAAGUGAGAUACACUGUCCGUCAAGAACUUGCCUGUACAGCUGUCGAUGUCUUAGCUCGUCGUACUCGUCUUGCUUUCUUGAAUGCUGAAGCUGCCUUACAAUCUCUUCCUAAGGUGAUUGAAAUUAUGUCUGAAGAACUCAAGUGGGACAAGGAACGUCAAAAGAAGGAAUAUGCUGAGGCUGCUGUUUUCCUUACUACUAUGGGUCUUGCUCAAGAAGCAGCUGAGCAAGCCAAAGCCAGUCAAUAAGUCAUAUAAUAAUAAUAAAAACAUAGACAACG